UGAACGUUGGGUGUACAGUAGGUGGAUGAACGUUGGGUGUACAAAGAAGACCCUCAUCCACUUGGUCUAUCGCUCACUCCAUUUAUAUCCUCAGGCAAUGGUUGGGAUCUUUAUAUUAGGGACCUUUCUCUUGUACUGUGUGGGACAGAACCAAAUUCAAGGGGUCCCCCAAGGAUGUGUGUCCCAGCCCUCAUGUUCAGCUUGCCUGAGGAGCCCUGGAUGUGCCUGGUGCAAACACAAGGACUUUUUGAAGUCUGGAGAGUCCAGUGAGCGGAGGUGUGACACUGCUGAGUCUCUGAGGACCAGGCGUUGUGAGCAGAUGGACAUCAUCAACCCCCGAUUAGAUCCAGUCUUUCUGAAGAAUAAUGAUCUCAGCAGCAACUCAGACAAUGUGGUCCAGCUUAAGCCACAAAACCUCCUCUUCAAACUCAGAGUCGGAGUCCCUCAGACCUUCAAUGUCUCAUUCAAGAGAGCCGAGGGCUACCCCAUAGACCUGUACUACCUGAUGGACCUGUCCUUCUCCAUGAAGGACGACCUGGACACCAUCAAGAACCUAGGCCAGGACAUCCUCUCUGCACUGAAAAAAGUCACCCAGAAGGUCCGCAUUGGCUUCGGCUCAUUUGUAGACAAGGUGGCUCUGCCAUACGUCAGCCAGGUGAAGGCCAAGAAGAAUAACCCCUGUCCCAACCGCCUGAACAUCUGUCAACCUGCCUUCAGCUUCCAAAAUAUUCUGAGACUCACAGAAGACGUGGACGAGUUCAAGACCAGGGUCAGCGACCAGAUCAUCUCUGGAAACCUGGACUCCCCCGAGGCAGGCUUUGACGCAAUCAUGCAGGCAGCUGUCUGCCAGAGUGUGAUUGGUUGGAACAAUGUCACCCGGAUCCUGGUCUACACGUCAGAUGACACCUUCCAUAUUGCCGGGGAUGGCAGGCUGGCUGGUAUAUUCGAGCCUCAUGACGGCAUGUGCCAUCUCAAUGGCACUGGCUUCUACGAUGGCACUAAAUAUGACUACCCAUCGGUUGGCCAGCUUGCCAGGGUCCUGGCAGCCAAUAACAUCCAGCUCAUCUUUGCUGUCACCGAGGACAGUGUUCCUGCCUACAAGGCAUUGAGUAAACUAAUCCCUCAGUCAGUGGUGGGGGUCCUGAAGAACGACUCCAGCAACGUGGUCCUGCUCAUCUCAGAGGCCUACAGUAACCUGUCCUCCACCAUCUUACUGGAGCACCAUGAAGCUCCCUCAGAUCUGGAUGUGACCUACAGAUCCCACUGCACCCCUGAAAAAGGGGACAACACCCAUUGGCAGAGGAGGGGCGAGUGCAUGAACGUCAAGCUCAACCAGCAGGUCAACUUCACGGUAAGCCUGAACAUUUCAACAUGUCUAAAGGAGAAGCAGACGUUUUCCCUAAAACUGCAGGGCAUCAGCGAGACCCUGAAGGUCUCUGUGGAAACCCUGUGUGACUGUGACUGCCAAGACAGAGAAGAGCAGUCCUCACACUGCAAUGAAAUUGGAACGCUCACCUGCGGCAUCUGCAGCUGUGAUGAGGGUCACCUGGGUCAGAGGUGUGAGUGUGAGCGGCCUAAGGACAUGACCUCUGCCGAAUCUAUGGCCGCAACAUGUCGCCAAGACAACUCCUCGCAGUUGUGCAGCGGGCAUGGGAGCUGUGAGUGUGGCAUGUGUAUGUGUCAGGGCACCCACCGCGGCAAUUUUUGCCAAUGUGAUGACAACAGCUGUGCCCGCCACAACAACAUGCUCUGCGGUGGUAAUGGGCAGUGUGAAUGUGGAACAUGUAAGUGUAAUGCCAAUUACACAGGCUCUGCAUGUGACUGUUCCACCCUCACCGACCAGUGCAGGACUGCUGGGAAGCUGUGCAAUGGCCAGGGAACAUGCCAGUGUAACCAGUGCCAAUGCAACAAAGACUUCUUUGGCAUAAACUGCUCAAAGAUUGCUAACGCAUGCCCAAAAUUCCUGGACUGUGUGACAUGUGAAUUGGACAAUAAAAAGAUUAGCGGCCUAAAGAGUAACUGCAGCCAACUCUGUGGCUCAGUCAAGCUCACUUGGAUGAAGGGACCCCAGGAGUUCCCCUGCAGUAAAGACACCAUCUCCUACAAAGUGGAGCUGUCGCAUGAUGGCAACAUCCUGAUCUUCUACGCAGAUCUGCCUCGCUCUAUUGACAAGACUUACGUGAUCAUCGGCAGCUCUGUGUCCAGCAUCAUCUUCAUCGGCAUCGCAGUGAUCCUCAUUAGCAGGCUUAUGCUAGAGCUCCACUACCGGAGAGAGUAUGACAGCUUCCUCAAAGCAAAGGAGGCCGAAGUCUGGCAAGAUAUGAAAAAUCCCUUGUUCCAGGAUGCCACGACCGUGGUCAUGAACCCCAUGCACGUUCAAGAGGACUGAUCCAAACCAUUAGACUCUAAAGCCAACAAACACUUUCAUUCCAGAAAACCUGUGAUCUACUGUAAUAAGUUAAAGCCAGACCAUAACUGUAUGCCGAUCAUAACUUCAGGGAACCGCAAGAACCGUCUGUUGCUAAGAGGAUCAAAGACUUUGUCAUGAGAACAUUACAUUCUAUUUCCCUGUAUUUCAAGGCCAAUACGUAUUUCAGAUAUGAUUUGCAGCACGUUUAUUCCCAUACUCACUUAUUGGUUCUCUUCAAUUUGAUUGCUUCCUCUUGUUGUACAGGAGUAGUAGUGAGACCACUCCACUCUCUCUCUCAACUUUCAGUCUUUUUCUCAUGAUGAAGUCCCCCAUCUCCUUAUGUCCUCCUUCUCCUCUGCAUUUGUCUGUUUAUUUAAACAUUUGAUAGUUCAAAUGUUCUGAAGUUGGUAUGAAUGAUUAAGUCUUGUGAAGGGUCAUUCGUUUUUAGUAUGUGCAUUUAGUUUGUGUUGCAUUAUAUUCCGUUUUUCUUAAUGAAUUAUUUUCGAAUAAUUAUUAUCAGCUGAAUCAUAUUUCAAAUGAUUCUCUGUACAGUGUAUUAAUUAAGUAGGCCUAUGUGAGCACUGUGUGAUUGAAAUGAUAUAGUACCGUGUUUAAUUAUAUCAAUUGUAAUAAAGUAAUUUGUAGUGUAAUGAGCAGGCAAUAAAGGAGGGAAAAACAUGAA